AUGACGAUAAGUUCGAAAACACAAUUUCCCCUAAGCCUUCCGGUCAUUGACUUCUCCAUUUCAAAUCUCAAACCGAAAACUCCCGAGUGGGACUUGGUGAGAGCCCAAGUCCGAACAGCCCUAGAAGAGUACGGAUGUUUCGAGGCCUUGUUUGACGGAGCUUCAGUAGAGCUACGUAAGGCUCUGUUCGAGGCCUCGGAGGAAGUUUUCAAUUUACCAUUGGAAACCAAACUGAGUACAAAGUCUAACAAACUCUACAAAGGAUACGCUGGUCAGGUUCCGACUAUACCUUUAUACGAAGGUAUGGGCUUUGACGGUGCAGAUAAUCCUGAAGUUGUUGAUGAAAUGACCUACAAGCUUUGGCCUCAAGGCAACAUCACCUUCAGCAAGAAUGUUCAGUCAUUCGCGCAGAAUUUAAUAGCAUUAGACGUGAAGGUGAGGACUAUGAUCAUGGAGAGUUUCGGGCUCGAGAAAUACGUUGAGGAGCACCUUAACUCAGCGGGGAAACACUUUCGUCUUAUUAAAUAUAGAGGACUUGACGAAAAUACACAUGAGCAGCUAGGCCUUGACCCUCAUAUCGAUAGACAUUUCCUCACCAUACUUUGUCAAAAUGACGUAGUAGAUGGCUUGGAGAUCAAAACCAAAGAUGGUGAAGAGUGGUUCAAAGCUAAGCCAUCUCAAGACUCUUCUUUCCUUGUCAUAGCCGGAGCUUCACUUCAUGUAAUAAGAUUAAGCUUCCUUGAGUCUCAAUCAUCAAUCAUGUAG